UUGUGGAAAUUUUAAUGGAAUGGAAGGUGAUGACUUUAAAACAACCAGUGGGUUGGUAGAAGCUACAGGAUCUGCCUUUGCUAACACAUGGAAAGCUCAGUCCACCUGUGCAGACCAAGAAGAAAAGCUGGAAGACCCCUGCAGUCUCAGCAUUGAAAGUGCAAAUUAUGCUGAGCAUUGGUGUUCUUUGCUGAAAAACUCAGAGGGCCCAUUUGCAAGUUGUCACUCAGUCAUUGAUCCUGCAGAAUACUACAAGAGAUGUAAAUACGAUACCUGCCUCUGCAAGGACAGUGAGGAGUGCUUGUGUGCUGCCCUGUCCUCUUAUUCAAGAGCUUGUGCUUUCAAAGGGAUCAUACUGGGUGGCUGGAGACAAAGUGUCUGCUCUGCUGAAGUGUCCUCUUGCCCAGGAAAUCAAGUCUUCCUCUACAAUCUUACAAUGUGCCAGCAAACCUGUCGUUCCAUUGCUGAUGGUGAAAAGUACUGCUUGCAAGACUUUGCUCCUGUAGAUGGCUGUGGCUGCCCAGAUAAUACAUACUUGGAUAAUGAGGAUACAUGUGUGCCCAUCUCCAAAUGCCCCUGCUAUUACAAGGGGUCGUAUCUGGAACCUGGGGAUUACGUUAUAAAGGAUGGAGAGCGUUGCGUUUGCCGAAAUGCAAAGGUCCAAUGUACUUCAGUGACAAUGACAAUGAAAAGUGUAACAGAAUGUUCUUCAAACAAAACCUACUUUGAUUGCAACACAUCCCCAGACUGGACUUCACAAACACCUGUACAACUUCGCUGUGGUGCUUCUCAAACUGAUCUUUAUCAAAGUGAAUGUGUCUCAGGCUGCGUGUGUCCUGAAGGUCUGUUUGAUGAUGGUAGAGGGGGCUGUGUUGUGGAAGAGGACUGCCCAUGUAUUCAUAACAGCGACUGGUAUAACCACGGGCAGAGCAUAUCAGUGGACUGCAACACCUGUACCUGCCAGAAAGGCAUCUGGAGCUGCACUGAAAACGUGUGCUAUGGGACUUGCAUGAUAUAUGGAAGUGGCCAUUAUAUCACCUUUGAUGGAAAAUUCUAUGACUUUGAUGGAAGUUGUGAAUAUGUGGCUACUCAGGAUUAUUGUGGUGACAAAAAUUCUGGUGGCUCAUUCAGUAUCAUCACAGAGAACGUCCCUUGUGGAACAACAGGAGUCACCUGCUCAAAGGCCAUUAAAAUGUUUAUAGGGAAAACGGAACUGAAGUUGGAGAACAAGGAUUAUAAAGAAAUUCAGCGAGAUGUUGGUGAUGAUGUGUAUUACCAGAACAAGACAGUAGGUCUCUACCUUGUUAUUGAAGCUAGUAAUGGUGUGAUGCUUAUCUGGGAUAAGAAGACCACCGUUUUCAUCAAACUGACUCCUGACUAUAAAGGGAAAGUGUGUGGUCUGUGUGGCAACUUUGAUGACAAGUCCAACAACGACUUUACAAGCAGGAGUGGGCUGCAAGAGACAAGUGCUUUGGAGUUUGGGAAUUCCUGGAAACAGUCAUCUGUGUGCCCUGAUGUCACAGAAGAGAUUAAACCCUGUGAUCUGAAACCACAUCGCAAGUCCUGGGCAGAGAAAGAAUGCAGCCUUAUCCUGAGUGAAAUCUUCAAAAUUUGUCAUUCCAAGGUGAACCCAUCUCCUUUCUAUGAUGCUUGUGUUCAUGAUGCUUGCUCUUGUGACAGCGGUGGAGAUUGUGAUUGCUUCUGUUCUGCUGUUGCUGCAUAUGCACAAGAAUGUACCAAGGCUCAGGCCUGUGUUUUCUGGAGAAGUCCGGAUAUAUGCCCAAUAUUUUGUGACUACUAUAAUCCUCGUAAUGAGUGCGAAUGGCACUACGAGCCUUGUGGCAGCAAUGUCAUGACCUGCAGAAUGAUUUAUAAUGUCAGCACCAACUUCUCAGUUCCGUACCUGGAAGGUUGCUAUCCCAGAUGCCCUCAUGAAAAGCCCAUUUAUAAUGAAGAGACAAAAGAAUGUGUGGCUGCAGAUGAAUGCUGGUGUUACCACAACGGUAAUCCUGUUAUCAUUGGUGGAGAAAUACCAACAGAAGAGAACUGUACAAAAUGUAUCUGUCGCCCCUCAGGAUCCAUUGAAUGUUCACCAAUUCCAGGAUGUCCUUGUGUUAUCAAUGGAACAAGUUAUGAUGUGGGAGAAACUGUUGCAACAAUAAAGGAUGGCGACAUAUGCACAAUAUAUGUUUGUGCAGAAAAUGGAUCUGUAAUUCCUGGAGGUUCUUAUCCUUGUCCAUUAACUACCUCACCUUCAACCAUUACAACCUCUCCUGGUACAAGUACUAUUACCACCAUAGUUACCACAAGUCCUCCAGUAACUACAACUCCAUGCCUUGGAUUAAUCUGUGAUUGGUCUGAGUGGUUUGAUGUUAGUAACCCUGAAGAAGAUGGUGGUGACUAUGAAACCUAUGAAGAAAUAAGAAAAGAGCAUGGAAACAAAAUAUGUACAGCUCCUGAAAAUAUUGAAUGCAGGGCUAAAGACAGUCCUGAUAAAACCUUAGAGGAACUUGGGCAAAAAGUGGAAUGUAAUGUUACGUAUGGACUCAUCUGUAAAAAUGAGGAGCAAGAUGCAAGUAUAUGGCAUCUUUGCUAUAAUUAUGAAAUCAGGGUGAACUGUUGUGAAUGGCAUGAAAUUCCUUGUGGGACUGCAAGUACACCGAGUUCAACACCAACUGCAUCUUCAGUCACCACUGGAACAACUGUGCCCACUACUACAACCCGGCAGUCAACGACAAUUACCACCACACCAACGCCCACUGCAACUACCACAAGCCAACCCACAUCUUCAGUAACCACACCAGUAACUUCAGCCUCCACAGUAUCAACCGCUGCUCCCACGCCAACUCCAUCAGAGUCUCCAACCAGUACUGCCACCACGACACCCUUCAGCAGCAGCACCCAGGGAACUACUACGACUGUUCCUGGCGUAUCCUCAUCCACUCCGACAGUUACAAGCACAGUCCCACCAACAAUAGUAACUCAAACCCACUCUCCUCCGCCUUCACUGCCAGUGACAAAUUGUGAAUGCAUCUGGACGGACUGGAUCGAUUCGAGUCAACCAGAUAGAUCUGAUGUGAACAGUGGAGACUAUGAAAUAAUUGACAAAAUAAACAACUCCUCCUUGGUAUGCGUGAAAGCUGAGAACAUUACAUGCAGAGCAAAGGAUUACCCUAACAUUUCCCUUGAAGAGUUAGGGCAGAAGGUUGAAUGCAGUGUAAACACGGGGCUUAUAUGUAACAAUAAGGAUCAAGAAAACAACAGCAAUAUUUCAUACUGCCAUAACUAUGAGAUAAGUAUCUGCUGCACACCAAACAAACCAGAGUGUAUACCAACUCCGGAAUAUACCACGGCAAUCAGCACAACAGUGUCACACUCUACCACUACAACCAUAGUUUUCACUUCAACUGUGUCAAGCACAACUGCCCCGCCAACACCAACUGAGUCUGCCCCCACUACCACCUCUGGCACGACGCUCUCCAGCAGCACCGCCAGCAGCACCGUGAGCACCACUCCUAUUACCAGCUCGUCCACAUCCGGCCCGACUUCAGUCAGCACAUCCACACCCAGGCCAACACCCACCACCUCCCUAACACCUCCACCCACGACAACGCAAGGUCCCACUUCCCAGAGCACCACGAGUACAGUUGUGUCAAGCACAACUGCCCCGCCCACACCAACCACGUCUGCCCCCACUACCACCUCUGGCACGACGCUCUCCAGCAGCACCGCCAGCAGCACCGUGAGCACCACUCCUAUUACCAGCUCGUCCACAUCCGGCCCGACUUCAGUCAGCACAUCCACACCCAGGCCAACACCCACCACCUCCCUAACACCUCCACCCACGACAACAGAAGUAGACUGCACCGUUCCGGAGGACUGCAUCUGGACUGACUGGAUCGAUGUGAGUUACCCACAGUAUGGCCCAGGGAAUGGUGAUGAUGAGACCUUCGAAACAAUUCAGAAUAAGAUCCCUUCAUGGAACUGUACGAAGGCUGAGAACAUUUCCUGCAGAGCUGAGAAAUUUCCAGACACUCCUAUAGAAGACUUAGGGCAGAAAGUGGAGUGUGAUGUUAACACAGGACUCAUCUGUAAAAAUGACGAUCAGACCGCAGGGGGUGUGAUACCAAUGCCAGUCUGCCUGAAUUAUCAGAUCAAAGUCUGCUGUACACCACCAUUAAGACCAGAGUGCACAACAGCUAUCACGACUACAACCAGAGGAGAAACCAGCACAACGGUGUCCCUCUCACCGACAACAAGCACAAUUUACACUCCGAGUGUGUCAAGCACAACUGCCCCGCCCACACCAACCACGUCUGCCCCCACUACCACCUCUGGCACGACGCUCUCCAGCAGCACCGCCAGCAGCACCGUGAGCACCACUCCUAUUACCAGCUCGCCCACAUCUGGCCCGACUUCAGUCAGCACAUCCACACCCAGGCCAACACCCACCACCUCCCUAACACCUCCACCCACGACAACGGAAGGUCCCACUUCCCAGAGCACCACAAGUACAAGCGUGUCGAGUACAAGUGUGUCGAGUAGCAGUGCCCCGCCCACACCAACCACGUCUGCCCCCACUACCACCUCUGGCACGACGCUCUCCAGCAGCACCGCCAGCAGCACCGUGAGCACCACUCCUGUUACCAGCUCGUCCACAUCCGGCCCGACUUCAGUCAGCACAUCCACACCCAGGCCAACACCCACCACCUCCCUAACACCUCCACCCACGACAACGCAAGGUCCCACUUCCCAGAGCACCACGAGUACAGUUGUGUCAAGCACAACUGCCCCGCCCACACCAACCACGUCUGCCCCCACUACCACCUCUGGCACGACGCUCUCCAGCAGCACCGCCAGCAGCACCGUGAGCACCACUCCUAUUACCAGCUCGUCCACAUCCGGCCCGACUUCAGUCAGCACAUCCACACCCAGGCCAACACCCACCACCUCCCUAACACCUCCACCCACGACAACAGAAGUAGACUGCACCGUUCCGGAGGACUGCAUCUGGACUGACUGGAUCGAUGUGAGUUACCCACAGUAUGGCCCAGGGAAUGGUGAUGAUGAGACCUUCGAAACAAUUCAGAAUAAGAUCCCUUCAUGGAACUGUACGAAGGCUGAGAACAUUUCCUGCAGAGCUGAGAAAUUUCCAGACACUCCUAUAGAAGACUUAGGGCAGAAAGUGGAGUGUGAUGUUAACACAGGACUCAUCUGUAAAAAUGACGAUCAGACCGCAGGGGGUGUGAUACCAAUGCCAGUCUGCCUGAAUUAUCAGAUCAAAGUCUGCUGUACACCACCAUUAAGACCAGAGUGCACAACAGCUAUCACGACUACAACCAGAGGAGAAACCAGCACAACGGUGUCCCUCUCACCGACAACAAGCACAAUUUACACUCCGAGUGUGUCAAGCACAACUGCCCCGCCCACACCAACCACGUCUGCCCCCACUACCACCUCUGGCACGACGCUCUCCAGCAGCACCGCCAGCAGCACCGUGAGCACCACUCCUAUUACCAGCUCGCCCACAUCUGGCCCGACUUCAGUCAGCACAUCCACACCCAGGCCAACACCCACCACCUCCCUAACACCUCCACCCACGACAACGGAAGGUCCCACUUCCCAGAGCACCACAAGUACAAGCGUGUCGAGUAGCAGUGCCCCGCCCACACCAACCACGUCUGCCCCCACUACCACCUCUGGCACGACGCUCUCCAGCAGCACCGCCAGCAGCACCGUGAGCACCACUCCUGUUACCAGCUCGUCCACAUCCGGCCCGACUUCAGUCAGCACAUCCACACCCAGGCCAACACCCACCACCUCCCUAACACCUCCACCCACGACAACGCAAGGUCCCACUUCCCAGAGCACCACGAGUACAGUUGUGUCAAGCACAACUGCCCCGCCCACACCAACCACGUCUGCCCCCACUACCACCUCUGGCACGACGCUCUCCAGCAGCACCGCCAGCAGCACCGUGAGCACCACUCCUAUUACCAGCUCGUCCACAUCCGGCCCGACUUCAGUCAGCACAUCCACACCCAGGCCAACACCCACCACCUCCCUAACACCUCCACCCACGACAACAGAAGUAGACUGCACCGUUCCGGAGGACUGCAUCUGGACCGACUGGAUCGAUGUGAGUUACCCACAGUAUGGCCCAGGGAAUGGUGAUGAUGAGACCUUCGAAACAAUUCAGAAUAAGAUCCCUUCAUGGAACUGUACGAAGGCUGAGAACAUUUCCUGCAGAGCUGAGAAAUUUCCAGACACUCCUAUAGAAGACUUAGGGCAGAAAGUGGAGUGUGAUGUUAACACAGGACUCAUCUGUAAAAAUGACGAUCAGACCGCAGGGGGUGUGAUACCAAUGCCAGUCUGCCUGAAUUAUCAGAUCAAAGUCUGCUGUACACCACCAUUAAGACCAGAGUGCACAACAGCUAUCACGACUACAACCAGAGGAGAAACCAGCACAACGGUGUCCCUCUCACCGACAACAAGCACAAUUUACACUCCGAGUGUGUCAAGCACAACUGCCCCGCCCACACCAACCACGUCUGCCCCCACUACCACCUCUGGCACGACGCUCUCCAGCAGCACCGCCAGCAGCACCGUGAGCACCACUCCUAUUACCAGCUCGCCCACAUCCGGCCCGACUUCAGUCAGCACAUCCACACCCAGGCCAACACCCACCACCUCCCUAACACCUCCACCCACGACAACGGAAGGUCCCACUUCCCAGAGCACCACAAGUACAAGCGUGUCGAGUAGCAGUGCCCCGCCCACACCAACCACGUCUGCCCCCACUACCACCUCUGGCACGACGCUCUCCAGCAGCACCGCCAGCAGCACCGUGAGCACCACUCCUAUUACCAGCUCGUCCACAUCCGGCCCGACUUCAGUCAGCACAUCCACACCCAGGCCAACACCCACCACCUCCCUAACACCUCCACCCACGACAACGCAAGGUCCCACUUCCCAGAGCACCACGAGUACAGUUGUGUCAAGCACAACUGCCCCGCCCACACCAACCACGUCUGCCCCCACUACCACCUCUGGCACGACGCUCUCCAGCAGCACCGCCAGCAGCACCGUGAGCACCACUCCUAUUACCAGCUCGCCCACAUCCGGCCCGACUUCAGUCAGCACAUCCACACCCAGGCCAACACCCACCACCUCCCUAACACCUCCACCCACGACAACGGAAGGUCCCACUUCCCAGAGCACCACGAGUACAGUUGUGUCAAGCACAACUGCCCCGCCCACACCAACCACGUCUGCCCCCACUACCACCUCUGGCACGACGCUCUCCAGCAGCACCGCCAGCAGCACCGUGAGCACCACUCCUAUUACCAGCUCGUCCACAUCCGGCCCGACUUCAGUCAGCACAUCCACACCCAGGCCAACACCCACCACCUCCCUAACACCUCCACCCACGACAACAGAAGUAGACUGCACCGUUCCGGAGGACUGCAUCUGGACCGACUGGAUCGAUGUGAGUUACCCACAGUAUGGCCCAGGGAAUGGUGAUGAUGAGACCUUCGAAACAAUUCAGAAUAAGAUCCCUUCAUGGAACUGUACGAAGGCUGAGAACAUUUCCUGCAGAGCUGAGAAAUUUCCAGACACUCCUAUAGAAGACUUAGGGCAGAAAGUGGAGUGUGAUGUUAACACAGGACUCAUCUGUAAAAAUGACGAUCAGACCGCAGGGGGUGUGAUACCAAUGCCAGUCUGCCUGAAUUAUCAGAUCAAAGUCUGCUGUACACCACCAUUAAGACCAGAGUGCACAACAGCUAUCACGACUACAACCAGAGGAGAAACCAGCACAACGGUGUCUCUCUCACCGACAACAAGCACAAUUUACACUCCGAGUGUGUCAAGCACAACUGCCCCGCCCACACCAACCACGUCUGCCCCCACUACCACCUCUGGCACGACGCUCUCCAGCAGCACCGCCAGCAGCACCGUGAGCACCACUCCUAUUACCAGCUCGCCCACAUCCGGCCCGACUUCAGUCAGCACAUCCACACCCAGGCCAACACCCACCACCUCCCUAACACCUCCACCCACGACAACGGAAGGUCCCACUUCCCAGAGCACCACAAGUACAAGCGUGUCGAGUAGCAGUGCCCCGCCCACACCAACCACGUCUGCCCCCACUACCACCUCUGGCACGACGCUCUCCAGCAGCACCGCCAGCAGCACCGUGAGCACCACUCCUAUUACCAGCUCGUCCACAUCCGGCCCGACUUCAGUCAGCACAUCCACACCCAGGCCAACACCCACCACCUCCCUAACACCUCCACCCACGACAACGCAAGGUCCCACUUCCCAGAGCACCACGAGUACAGUUGUGUCAAGCACAACUGCCCCGCCCACACCAACCACGUCUGCCCCCACUACCACCUCUGGCACGACGCUCUCCAGCAGCACCGCCAGCAGCACCGUGAGCACCACUCCUAUUACCAGCUCGCCCACAUCCGGCCCGACUUCAGUCAGCACAUCCACACCCAGGCCAACACCCACCACCUCCCUAACACCUCCACCCACGACAACGGAAGGUCCCACUUCCCAGAGCACCACAAGUACAAGCGUGUCGAGUAGCAGUGCCCCGCCCACACCAACCACGUCUGCCCCCACUACCACCUCUGGCACGACGCUCUCCAGCAGCACCGCCAGCAGCACCGUGAGCACCACUCCUAUUACCAGCUCGUCCACAUCCGGCCCGACUUCAGUCAGCACAUCCACACCCAGGCCAACACCCACCACCUCCCUAACACCUCCACCCACGACAACGCAAGGUCCCACUUCCCAGAGCACCACGAGUACAGUUGUGUCAAGCACAACUGCCCCGCCCACACCAACCACGUCUGCCCCCACUACCACCUCUGGCACGACGCUCUCCAGCAGCACCGCCAGCAGCACCGUGAGCACCACUCCUAUUACCAGCUCGUCCACAUCCGGCCCGACUUCAGUCAGCACAUCCACACCCAGGCCAACACCCACCACCUCCCUAACACCUCCACCCACGACAACAGAAGUAGACUGCACCGUUCCGGAGGACUGCAUCUGGACCGACUGGAUCGAUGUGAGUUACCCACAGUAUGGCCCAGGGAAUGGUGAUGAUGAGACCUUCGAAACAAUUCAGAAUAAGAUCCCUUCAUGGAACUGUACGAAGGCUGAGAACAUUUCCUGCAGAGCUGAGAAAUUUCCAGACACUCCUAUAGAAGACUUAGGGCAGAAAGUGGAGUGUGAUGUUAACACAGGACUCAUCUGUAAAAAUGACGAUCAGACCGCAGGGGGUGUGAUACCAAUGCCAGUCUGCCUGAAUUAUCAGAUCAAAGUCUGCUGUACACCACCAUUAAGACCAGAGUGCACAACAGCUAUCACGACUACAACCAGAGGAGAAACCAGCACAACGGUGUCCCUCUCACCGACAACAAGCACAAUUUACACUCCGAGUGUGUCAAGCACAACUGCCCCGCCCACACCAACCACGUCUGCCCCCACUACCACCUCUGGCACGACGCUCUCCAGCAGCACCGCCAGCAGCACCGUGAGCACCACUCCUAUUACCAGCUCGCCCACAUCCGGCCCGACUUCAGUCAGCACAUCCACACCCAGGCCAACACCCACCACCUCCCUAACACCUCCACCCACGACAACGGAAGGUCCCACUUCCCAGAGCACCACAAGUACAAGCGUGUCGAGUAGCAGUGCCCCGCCCACACCAACCACGUCUGCCCCCACUACCACCUCUGGCACGACGCUCUCCAGCAGCACCGCCAGCAGCACCGUGAGCACCACUCCUAUUACCAGCUCGUCCACAUCCGGCCCGACUUCAGUCAGCACAUCCACACCCAGGCCAACACCCACCACCUCCCUAACACCUCCACCCACGACAACGCAAGGUCCCACUUCCCAGAGCACCACGAGUACAGUUGUGUCAAGCACAACUGCCCCGCCCACACCAACCACGUCUGCCCCCACUACCACCUCUGGCACGACGCUCUCCAGCAGCACCGCCAGCAGCACCGUGAGCACCACUCCUAUUACCAGCUCGCCCACAUCCGGCCCGACUUCAGUCAGCACAUCCACACCCAGGCCAACACCCACCACCUCCCUAACACCUCCACCCACGACAACGGAAGGUCCCACUUCCCAGAGCACCACAAGUACAAGCGUGUCGAGUAGCAGUGCCCCGCCCACACCAACCACGUCUGCCCCCACUACCACCUCUGGCACGACGCUCUCCAGCAGCACCGCCAGCAGCACCGUGAGCACCACUCCUAUUACCAGCUCGUCCACAUCCGGCCCGACUUCAGUCAGCACAUCCACACCCAGGCCAACACCCACCACCUCCCUAACACCUCCACCCACGACAACGCAAGGUCCCACUUCCCAGAGCACCACGAGUACAGUUGUGUCAAGCACAACUGCCCCGCCCACACCAACCACGUCUGCCCCCACUACCACCUCUGGCACGACGCUCUCCAGCAGCACCGCCAGCAGCACCGUGAGCACCACUCCUAUUACCAGCUCGCCCACAUCCGGCCCGACUUCAGUCAGCACAUCCACACCCAGGCCAACACCCACCACCUCCCUAACACCUCCACCCACGACAACGGAAGUAGACUGCACCGUUCCGGAGGACUGCAUCUGGACCGACUGGAUCGAUGUGAGUUACCCACAGUAUGGCCCAGGGAAUGGUGAUGAUGAGACCUUCGAAACAAUUCAGAAUAAGAUCCCUUCAUGGGACUGUACGAAGGCUGAGAACAUUUCCUGCAGAGCUGAGAAAUUUCCAGACACUCCUAUAGAAGACUUAGGGCAGAAAGUGGAGUGUGAUGUUAACACAGGACUCAUCUGUAAAAAUGACGAUCAGACCGCAGGGGGUGUGAUACCAAUGCCAGUCUGCCUGAAUUAUCAGAUCAAAGUCUGCUGUACACCACCAUUAAGACCAGAGUGCACAACAGCUAUCACGACUACAACCAGAGGAGAAACCAGCACAACGGUGUCCCUCUCACCGACAACAAGCACAAUUUACACUCCGAGUGUGUCAAGCACAACUGCCCCGCCCACACCAACCACGUCUGCCCCCACUACCACCUCUGGCACGACGCUCUCCAGCAGCACCGCCAGCAGCACCGUGAGCACCACUCCUAUUACCAGCUCGCCCACAUCCGGCCCGACUUCAGUCAGCACAUCCACACCCAGGCCAACACCCACCACCUCCCUAACACCUCCACCCACGACAACGGAAGGAACUUCUUCGUACAGCACUACGAGUUCUUUUAGCAGCGAAGGUACGACCACAGUGUCUGAGAGCUCUUCAACAGCUUCAGUUUCUACACCCAUUAGUACACAAACUACAGCAGCAUCCUCUCCAUUGUUGACUCCAUCUGGCAGUAUGUCACCACCUUCAGUUUCAACAGUUCCAUCAACAGUCACAACAUCUGGAACAACUCCUACGAAGCCCUUUACCACCACUUCAGGAACAACCUCUAGUUCUUCUAGUACUGUCACUGCAACCUCCAUUACCACCUCAGAAAUUGUUUCUUCUGGUUCAGCAACUACUUCUGGGACAACUCCUAUAUCAAGUACAGUCAGCGUUUCAGGAAGCUCUACAUACAGUACAGUUACUACACUCAGUACUUUAAGUUCAACUACCAGUGCCAGCUCUAAUUGUACGAUUUCACCUGAUGAAUCUUAUGCGCCAGGCGAGUCGUGGUGGCUGUGUAACUGCACCAAGGCUAUAUGUGUAGAAAACAAUACUGUUGUGAUUGUUCCAGUAAUCUGUGAGCCACCUCCUAAACCCACCUGUUCCAAUGGGCUCGCUCCUGUGCAAGUCAUUGAUGAUGAUCAGUGCUGUUGGCAUUGGGAGUGUGAUUGUUACUGCACUGGCUGGGGAGACCCACAUUAUUUGACUUUUGAUGGAUUGUACUACAGCUAUCAAGGGAAUUGCACAUAUGUUCUUGUGGAAGAGAUUGAAAAAACAGUUGACAACUUUGGUGUCUACAUCGAUAACUACCAUUGUGACGCACAAGAUGUAGUUUCCUGUCCACGAGCAAUCAUUGUGAGACAUGAGACUCAGGAAGUGCGCAUUGAAACAGUGAAACCAAAUACCCUGGAAGUAGAGGUGACUGUAAAUAAACAGGCUGUGGCUUUGCCUUAUAAGAAAUUUGGCUUGAUGAUCUAUGAGUCAGGCAUAAAUAGUGUAGUGGAAAUUCCUGAGCUUAAAAUGAAUGUGACCUUCAAUGGCUUGUCAUUUUCUAUCAGAAUGCCCUACAGCCUGUUUGGAAACAACACUCAAGGACAGUGUGGCACUUGCAGUAACAACACAGCAGAUGAUUGCAGGUUGCCAAAUGGAAAUAUUGCAGAAAACUGUGAAACCAUGGCAGAUUAUUGGCAAGUUGUUGAUCCAUCCAAACCACAGUGCUCUCCAGGCCUAAUUCCUACAAAAGCACCUAGCACAACAACGGGGCAGCCUUGCAAAGAAUCUUCCCUCUGUGAGCUUCUUUGGGGAAGUGUGUUUGAGAAGUGCCAUGCAGUUGUUAAGCCUGAUAAGUACUACGCAGCUUGUGUUUUUGAUAGCUGUAUGCUUCCCGACUUAGACCUGGAAUGCUCAAGUCUGCAGAUCUAUGCAGCUGUCUGUGCAGAUCAAAAUGUCUGCAUUGACUGGAGAAGUCAUACCAACGGUGUUUGCUCUUAUGAAUGUUCCAAACAUAAGGAAUAUAGAGCAUGUGGUCCUAUUCAAGAGACAACCUGCAAAUCAAGUACACAUAAUGAAACUUCAGUUAAACAAGUGGAAGGCUGUUUCUGUCCUAAUGGUACAAUGCUGUAUGACUCUGGUGUGGAUGUCUGUGUACACACCUGUGGCUGUGUUGGAUUGGAUCUGAUACCAAGAGAGUUUGGAGAAAAGUUUAUAGUAGACUGCCAGGACUGUGUUUGCCUGGAAGGUGGAAAUGGCAUUGUAUGUGAACCUCACACAUGUCCUGAACAAAAUAUCAGGAAUUGUUCUGGGAAAGGCUUCUAUGAAGUCACUGAAGUCAACUCUGAAGAUUCCUGCUGCCCCAUUGUCACUUGCAAAUGCAACACAAGUUUGUGCACAACUGAACCCCUCAAGUGUACGCAGGGAUUUGAAGUUCAUUCUUAUAUUCCCAGUGAUGAGUGCUGUCCUGUGUACCAGUGUGUUCCCAAGAACGUUUGUGUACAUCAGAAUGCUGAGUUCUUGCCUAAUUCCUCAGUCUUUGUUGAUAAGUGUCACGAUUGCUUCUGCACUAAUGAAGUUAACAUCAGCACUCAACUGAAUGUCAUCUCCUGUGAACACAUUCCAUGCAACACAUACUGUGAACCAGGAUACGAACUGAAACAAGUAGAAGGUGAAUGUUGUGGAAAAUGUGUGCAGACAAAGUGUAUUAUACAUACAUCACAUGGUUCCAGUCUCAUAUUGAAUCCUGGAGAGUUUACAAAUGAUCCUUACAACAACUGCACCGUUUACAGUUGUACAAAUCUCCAGAACCAGCUUAUCCCUUCCACAUCUGAAAUUAUGUGUCCUGCAUUCAGUGAGGAGAGCUGCAAACCUGGAACUAUUACACUCUUACCUAAUGGUUGUUGCAAAACCUGUGAACCUCUGGAUAGCCCCACACCAUGCUUUGUCCGUGAGAGAGAAGACUUUAUUGUCUAUAAGAACUGCCGUUCUCUGGAGAGAGUUGUCCUGACUGAAUGUGAAGGAACAUGUGAAACUUUUUCACUGUACUCUGUUGAGGCCAGUUCUAUGGAGCACAGUUGUUCCUGCUGCAAGGAAGUAGAAACUAGCAUGAAGGAAGUGGAACUGCAAUGUCCCUCUGGGAAGUCAAUUACACAUAAAUAUGUGUAUGUCGAAAAAUGUGGCUGUCAGGACACUCAGUGCGUUGUCUCAGAAUCUAGUGAGUCUCAAAGCACAGAAGAAAAUGAUGAGAGCAGUCGAAGUCACAGGAGAAGAGCCAUCAGCUUAACAUCAAAAUGAAGCAGAAAAAAGCUAACAGCACUCAAGUAAAGGAACUAUGCACCACUCUGAUCUUCCUUGACAGUUUUUGAACUUAGCUUUUCCCCCUACUGUAUCCUGUAUGUUCUCUAGUUAUUUUUAACAAUGCUCUAUUUAUUUGUGUACAAAAUUACACUGAACUUUCUUCCAAGUUGCAUACCCCUCUGGAUCAUUUUAUAAUCAACUUAUUUUCUCUGAAUGAUUAAAAAGCACAUUUAAAAAACCA